AAAAUAAAAGUGUCUUUCUUGGCUGAUGCUCCUAGUCUGUAUGUGGAAGUAGUGUGUUUAGAGAUAUGGGCAAUUCUAUCAAACCACACAUUGACACUGCAGAAAAAACGGGCGCUUGCAACCUUAGCAAGCAAGGAUUUAGUGAGUUCCCUGGAGAACUCCUAAGAUUAACGAAGAAUCUCCGUACAUUAGACCUGUCCCACAACAAGAUUCCAUCUGUACCACCAGCUAUAGGCCAGUUUAAUGUGCUUAAGGCAUUGGCAAUAAAUGACAAUAGAUUAGAUGGUUUUCCAGAAGAGUUUGGUAACCUGAAAAAACUAGAGUCUUUAUCAGCAGACAUGAACAAAAUAUUUAGGCUGCCAAGUGCAUUUACAAAAUUGUCAGCUCUAAAAACACUCACCCUCACACACAAUAAACUCUCUGCAUUUCCUGUUCAGUUGUGUGAGCUCAAGUCUCUAGAUUCAGUAGACUUAUCCCACAAUACCAUACGAGAAGUUCCAGAUCAAGUGAAAGCACUUUCUGUUAUUGAACUCAAUCUCAAUAGGAACCAGAUAUCUAAGUUAUCAGAAGCUGUUGCAGAGUGCCCAAGGUUGAAGGUUUUAAGGUUGGAAGAAAAUUGUCUGGAACUGUCAGAAUUGACUCCAAAAAUCAUGAAGGAAUCACAGAUUUCUCUGCUUGCAGUUGAAGGCAAUAUAUUUGAAAUGAAACAAUUUCAUCAGCUGGAGGGAUAUGAUGAGUACAUGGAAAGAUUUUCUGCUUCCAAGAAAAAAUUUAAUUAAAGUCUCAAGAUGAAGAUUGACUUGGACCGAGAACAAGAAAUGAGUUACUAUUAACUGCUGAAAAUGAGAAAUGUACACAGAAAACAGAAAUACAGAGGAUGCUCAGGCUUCUUUUUAAACUCAUGAUAUUUCUGUGACCUCAUCUUAAUGUCUUCUGUGGGAAGGAAGGGUCAUCCACUGCAACUGAUCACUGUGCAGAGACCAAACACCAGAAUCAUUUGUGGUUUAUAGGGUGAGCAAUAGGAGGGCAAACCCCCAAGGUAACGAAGUUUUGAUUAAAGUGCACCAAAAACAUCCUGGGGCAUGCUCUAAAUGACCACUUAAUAAUCUUACCCACAGCAACUUUGAUGACAUUUUCAUCAUCUCCCCUGUGUAGAAUCAUCUUGAAGGAGUUUAAUUGAAAUACUUUUAUGAACCAAACCAGUUAGAAUUGCCCUGUGUACAGAGUCUAACUCAGUAACCAAGAAAGGAAGUGAGACAUUGCCCAAACGAUUUCAGUGGUGUUGAAUUUUAAUUCUUAAAACAGGAAAACAAUGUGAGCUCAAGCUGUCAGAAUAUUCUGAGAAAAAAAAACAACAGCCAAUUACACCAGUUCUUAAUAUAUAAAAGGAAAAGAACAAGCAGGAAUACUAAAUAUGACAUUUUGUGGAUAAUUGGAUUGUGGCUUGAGGUUGAAAAGUGAAGGGAGAGAGCCUGGCCAUUGCUCUUGGCCUCUAUAAGACUGGGUUCCCAUGCUUAGAUCGAUCCUGGUGGAUCGA